AUGCUCCUGAAGGCACCUCUGCUUCUGGGGCUCAUUGUGCUGGUGCCUCAUGUCUGCAGUUCCAACUUCGUGGACAUUGAUAGGAGAACAAAUUACUUCACCUUGUGUGUUGAGUUUGCGGUGUUUCAUUUCAACCAAGUUUACCCAGAUGAGUAUGCGUAUAAGCUGCUGUGGGUGCGGCGAAGCCAGCGCAAGGAGUUUACCUUAAUAUAUUUAAUGGAGUUGGAAUUGGGCCAAACCAUUUGUACAAAACAGGAUGAAGAUCUGGAAAAUUGCCCCUUGCAAGAAGGCCCAGAAGAGAAAAAGGUGGACUGCACCUUUAUUGUGGAUGUCAGACCAUGGUUUUCCCAGUUCUCCCUCCUGAACAGUACCUGCGUGCCGAAAUAG